UAUGUGACCUAGUCCCAGCCCCGCAGUGAAGGGGGACACGUCUCUCUUCUGUCAGUGUGGGAUGACUGAGGCAAAGCAACGGUUGACUAAGAGAAAAAGUGCGCAACUGGGACGUGGCGACGCGAGAGGACUUCAUUCGCAGAACUAACAUGCAGUGUAACUGACGAGGCCACAUGACUGAACUUGACAAGGCAGAAUUGUCCAUUGUUUCAUUUCGAUUUCUCUUGAGGCACCGAUGAGAGAGACAGUUUUUCCAGGGAUUGCAAUGGCUUAUCAUCCUUUCCACGCGCACCGGCCAACCGACUUCCCAAUGUCCGCCUUCCUAGCUGCCGCUCAACCCUCUUUCUUCCCAGCGCUCAGUCUACCCCCCGGGGCCCUCACCAAGUCAAUCUCAGAACACAAUUUGGCUGGGGCGGAAACCGGUGUCCUCCCGGUGCUGAGUCACCAAGCUGCUCAACUCCGCACUCUUACAAGCCUGGAGCCCGAAGAACAAGUCGACGAUGAUCCCAAAGUUACAUUGGAAGCCAAGGAUCUUUGGGACCAGUUUCAUGAACUAGGAACAGAAAUGGUUAUUACAAAGUCUGGAAGGAGGAUGUUUCCACCGUUCAAAGUACGAAUAAACGGGCUUGAUAAGAAAGCCAAAUAUAUUUUGCUGAUGGAUAUCGUCGCAGCGGAUGACUGCCGCUACAAGUUCCACAACUCCCGAUGGAUGGUCGCGGGCAAGGCGGACCCGGAGAUGCCCAAGAGAAUGUACAUUCAUCCGGACAGUCCAGCCACCGGCGAGCAGUGGAUGGCCAAGCCUGUUGCUUUCCAUAAACUCAAGCUCACCAAUAACAUAUCAGAUAAACACGGAUUUACAAUCCUCAAUUCAAUGCAUAAGUAUCAGCCCAGAUUUCACAUCGUGCGGGCCAACGACAUAUUGAAGUUGCCUUACAGCACGUUUAGGACAUACGUCUUUCCGGAAACCGAGUUUGUGGCUGUGACAGCAUAUCAGAAUGACAAGAUAACACAACUUAAAAUUGACAACAAUCCAUUUGCCAAAGGAUUUAGAGAUACUGGGAAUGGAAGAAGGGAGAAAAGGAAACUAACUAUGCCAUCACUUCAAAUGUACGAGGACCACGGUAGAGACGGCGUUGACUCAGAUGGUUCCAGUGAAACUCCCACAGCUCGAGACGUCAUUCAAUAUCCACUAGGAAAGAGUGCAAGUCCGCCACGAUGCAACAGGCCUUGUCAAGAUGAGAAAACCUGCACUGACAGUGAGCAGGAGCUUGAAAAUUUUGGUGAGCGCUGCACAAGCGCCAACAGCCUGGGGACUGAACCUGUAUCCCCCUAUAGCUCUCAGUGUGAGGAGCGGAUUGGUGAAAGGCCUGAUAUGGACAAGAGUGACUCCACAUUCAGUGUAAGGAGACUUGAAAAAGACAAAGCGGAGAACAGGCAUCGGAAGGACACCACAGACAUAUUGAUAAAGGACUCUGAGGCUGGGACCAUCAGUGCUAUGAAGGACAUCUACUCCCCACUCAUGGUCCAGACCGAAAGCCCUUCACACUUCAACCCAGGUCAUUUACAAAGCUUGGCACUGUCUGGCCUACACAGCCAACGGUUUUUCAACCCUCUAAACACCGGAUCACCACUUUUGUUUCACCCCGGGCAGUUUGCCAUGACCCCUGCAACGCUUUCUGCUGUGGGAAUGGGCCAUAUAUUAGCCUCUGUGUCUGGAGCAAGUGGUUUGGAAAAUACAAGCCUCUCUACUCAAGGAACAGGAGGAACCCACAGUUCCUUCCCCUUCCAUUUGUCUCAGCAUAUGCUUGCUUCUCAGGGCAUCCCCAUGCCUCAUUUUGGGGGUCUCUUUCCGUAUCCCUACACCUACAUGGCAGCAGCUGCAGCUGCAGCCUCUGCUCUGCCAGCAACCAGCACCUCUAGCCCACUCUCCAGAAACCCUUUUCUUGCUACAUCUCGACCACGGCUCCGCCUCAAUCCCUACCAGCUCCCUGUGUCUUUGUCUUCAAGUUCGAGCCUCCUUACAACCAACCUGCAAUGUAGCCUCAACCCAGGGUCUGGAUCAUCCAAACCAUGCAGUAGGGAGACCAGCCCAGUCCUCGAACGCUACAACAAGAAUGGGGGAUCUUAUGGGAGGGGCACAUCUCCCAAAACAAAAGACUCUCAGAAUGAACUAAAGAAUAUUCAGAGACUGGUGAGUGGCCUAGAGAGACAGAGAGAGCCAUCCCCGGAUGAAUAUUCUCCGAAGUGAUACACAACUCACUUUCUUGGCUUCCAGACUGAGGACUAUUCUGUUCGUUUUGCAGCACACCACGAAAACUAGGGUGAUGGUUUGGUAAAUUGAAGUUGGUUAAGGCUGAUAAAUUCUACAAUCACAAGAAGCCAAAUCAGAAACCUCUGAUGAAGAAAUGGAACUGAACCAUAUACGAUCAAUUUAUAUGCCCAAACUAAAUCUGACUGACAGGCAGCUCCACAUACUUGAACAUAACAUGUAAUUUUGGAUAAGUGGCCUAAUAGUUAAUAAAAUAUCAACAAAACAGAAGUAAUGAAAAAAAAAUCACCCUAAACUGGAUGCAGUUCAUGGCCACAGUCAUUUCAUUGUAUUCAAGGGGAAUUUGUAUUCAAGAGAAAUGGGUUUCUGAUCUAUUUAUAUAAUGUAAACCUAAAUAAAUACAAAUCUGUAAAUAACUAACUUCAAAUAAUAUGCACUCGGUAUUAAUUUAUUUAAGUCUGUAUACUAGUGUGUAUAUAUUUCAAAUAUAACACUUUGCUAUCUAACCCCACCUGUGAAGCCUGGUCAGAUAUUUAACAAUGUGUUAUGAGUGUCGCUGAUUAUGGAGCGUCCGUCAUAUUUGAUUCACAGUAGGUAUAUGAAAUGAUGUGUUAGCGCAAAAGAGAGGCAACUCCACGUGAUUAAAAAACCUCAGGUUAAUUCACUCCAGAUGGGCUAUGAUCAAAAAUGUCCCUAUUUAAGGGUGCGUCGUUCCAAUUGAUUGAUAUAUUCAAGCGGUAAAUAUGCUUCUUCAUCCUGGUUGUCAUUUGUUUUCCAGAUUGUCUCACAAUUUUCAAUAAAAAUGUUGCGAUGAAAACGUAUCUUUAUUACGUAAUAAUGCUGACAUAUGAUAGGAGAGACUGGUCACUUAAAGUUAUCCAGCUUGGACAUGAACAACCGUCUGGCGCCCUCUGUUGUACAUAUACACAAUAUUUCUUUUUCAAAACUCAGUAAAAUAAUGUCCUAUUACAAUAUUUAUUUAAACCACAUACACUCAAAAAUUUCUUGAUAGAUUAACAAAAUUUUGGACAGGUUUGUAACCCAUGUUAUUCAUGCAGAUCCAACUCAAACUUAGUACUUCUGUGUGAUUUAUAAUUGUGUUGGUGAAAUACUUGUUUUCCUAAUACAGCAAAACUAAAUAUGGACAAUUUCAAGUCUUGAAAUGUUUGCAAUGUGAGAAGAGACCAGACUACGUGAGGAAAACCACCACAGACACAGAGACAACAUGCAAACCCCACACAGGACACUCUAAAUGGUUCUGAAGUGUGAUUGUGAGUGCAACGGCUGUGUCUCCAUGUGCCCUCUGAUUGGCUGAAACCAGUUCAGGGUGUACCCUGCCUCCUGCCCAAUGAAAACUGGGAUAGGGUCCAAGCACUCCCGCAACCCUUGUGAGGAGAAGUGGCUCAGAAAAUGGAUGAAUGGUAAUUCACAACAGAUAAUAGAACAACAUUCCCCACAGUUACGCAUUAAAUAAAUCCAACUGAACACCAAUACAGUGUUCCAGGUAUAUUUUGGUUUGGUCCAGAGUGCUUAUUGAUGUUUGUGUUUUUUUCUUAGUGCAAAAAUUUUUCCUUCCAAUGUCAAGUGUCAGUUUUGGUUCCUGGAGUUGGAUGAAAUAGCUUAUGUGUUUUCAGAGGGUUAAACAGUGGGCGCUAAGAGCUGCAGACAGCUCUUUGUCCAUGACCUGGCGCCUGUCGCCUGCCUGCCAGCCAGAGCAAUUAAUGAGACAAUGUCCUACUCUACCCUCCCACCCUCCUUCAUUUUCUUUUCUUUCUGCAGUUUUCUCUCAUUCAAUUACGGAUACAUGGUCACUGCAUUAUGGUCAAUGAAUAGAAAGUGACCUGCACAUGUGUAGGAAAAGUAUUUGUCUGGAUCAGUCAGUGAGUGGUUGAUCGAUCGAGUUAACUAACAUCUGGUGACAGCCUGGUUUAAUUAAUCAAAAAUUAGUCAAAAGUUCUUUUAGGAGACAGACAUAAACACGUGGAGCAUUUGCAAUCACUACUAUUGAUGUGGCAAACUGCAAAUAUUUGAAUACAGUCUGUUCUUAUUUGGGGCGGCACGGUGGUUCAGCUGGAAAGCGUUGGCCUCACAGUUCUGAGGUCCCGAGUUCAAUCUAGACUAAGAAAAUGGAUGGAUGGAUGUUCUUAUUUGCUCAAAUGGAGAAUGAGUGAGUCAAAGACAAAGAAAAGGAGGAAAGAAAGAAGAAGAAGAGGAAUCCACAGAGCGUACAACUAAGUGUAGGGACUUUAAAUGUUGGGGCGAUGACAAAUUAUUUUACCAUGGAGCCGAUGGGAAAAUAAAAUGGAGUAGGGGUUAGUUUAAAGAAAGAGAUGGCUAAGAAUGUCUUGGAGGUGAAAAAAGUAUCAGAUCGAGUGUUGAGGCUGAAAUUUGAAAUUGAGGGUGUUAUGUAUAAUGUGAUUAGCCACUAUGCCCCACAGGUAGGAUGUGACCUAGAGUUGAAAGAGAAAUUCUGGAAGGAACCUGAUGAAGGGGUUCUGAGCAUCCCAGACACAGAGAGAGUUGUGAUUGGUGCAGAUUGUAAUUGACAUGUUGGUGAAGGAAACAGGAGCGAUGAAGAAGUGAUGAGUAAGUACAGCACUAAGGAAAGGAAAUUAUAGGGAUAGAUAGUGGUGGACUUUGCAAAAAGGAAAGAAAUGGUGGCUGUGAAAACUUUUUCCAGAAGAGGCAGGAACAAAGGGUGACCUGCAUGGAAGACAAAGAUAGAGCAGAGAACCAUGUGGUGGAAUCUAGGAGAAGAAUGUUGUGCGGCCUUUCAGAAACAGGUGAGACAGGCUUUCAAUGGACAGGAGAAGCUUUCAGAAGACUGGACUACUCCAGACAAGGUGAUCAGAGAGACAGGCAGGAGGGUACAUGGUGUGUAUUCCGGUAGGAAAGGAGAGAAGGAGACUUCGAUAUACAUGACUACUUUGCUGGUUUGUUGCAAAACAAGUACACAGGCAACAUAAAGACAUAUAGGCCAACAUUUCAACACUUCUUUAACCACAUUACCACUUCAGAAAUAAUUUGACACAUUAUCUGGACAACAUUUUUCAUUUUAAAAUUUGAGA